AUGAUGAAAGCCCUGGACCUGAGCCGCAAUUGCGCGGCCAGGUCAGACUCUGCAUGGCUCAGGACUGGAGAACAGAACGUUUACAUAGUUAUCCCCGGACUGUUUCCUGCCAUUCUCAACCUUGCCAGCAAUGCUCACAUCAGCACCAAUGCGACCUGUGGUGAGAAAGGGCCUGAGAUGUUCUGCAAACUUGUGGAACAUGUGCCCAAUCGCCCUGUGCGGAAUCCACAGUGCAGAAUCUGUGAUGGUAACAGCGCUAAUCCCAAAGAACGACAUCCAAUAUCAAAUGCAAUAGAUGGAACCAACCAUUGGUGGCAGAGUCCCAGUAUUCAAAACGGGAGAGAAUACCACUGGGUCACUAUCACUCUGGACUUGAGACAGGUCUUUCAAGUUGCAUACGUCAUCAUCAAAGCUGCAAAUGCCCCUCGACCUGGAAACUGGAUUUUGGAGCGCUCUCUGGAUGGUACCAAGUUCACGCCGUGGCAGUACUAUGCAGUCAGCGAUUUAGAGUGUUUGACUCGUUACAAUAUAACUCCAAGACGGGGCCCACCCACAUACAGGGCAGAUGAUGAAGUGAUCUGCACCUCGUAUUACUCUAGGCUUGUGCCCCUUGAGCAUGGAGAGAUUCAUACAUCACUAAUUAAUGGCAGACCAAGUGCUGAUGACCUUUCACCCAAGUUGUUGGAAUUUACUUCUGCCCGAUAUAUACGUCUUCGCUUACAGCGCAUUAGAACCCUUAAUGCAGAUCUCAUGACCCUUAGCCAUCGGGAGCCUAAAGAUCUUGAUCCUAUUGUUACACGUCGAUAUUACUAUUCAAUAAAAGACAUUUCCAUUGGAGGAAUGUGUAUUUGCUAUGGCCACGCUAGUAGCUGUCCAUGGGAUGAAACUACAAAGAAAUUACAAUGCCAAUGUGAACAUAAUACCUGUGGGGAGAAUUGCAAUAUGUGUUGUCCUGGGUACCAUCAGCAACCCUGGAGACCUGGGACCAUUUCUUCUGGUAACACAUGUGAAGAGUGUAAUUGUCACAAUAAAGCCACAGACUGUUACUAUGAUGAAAAUGUUGCACAUCAGAAGAGAAGUUUGAAUACUGCUGGACAGUUCCAAGGAGGAGGAGUUUGUAUAAACUGUGGCCAGAACACCGUGGGGAUCAACUGCGAAACCUGUCUUGAUGGAUAUUACAGACCACACAAAGUUUCUCCCUAUGAGGAUGCCCCUUGCUAUCCCUGUGACUGUGACCCCGUGGGGUCCCUCAGUUCUGUCUGUAUUACGGAUGAUCUCAAUUCUGACUUACAGAAUGGGAAGUGGCCAGGUCAGUGUCCAUGUAAGGAAGGUUAUGCAGGAGAAAAAUGUGAUCGCUGUGAGUUUGGCUAUUCGGGGUACCCCAGCUGUGUUCGCUGUGAGUGCAGUCCAGCCGGCAGCGUGAAUGAAGACCCCUGCACAGAGCCUUGUCUCUGCAAGGAAAAUGUUGAAGGAAAAAACUGUGAUCGCUGCAAGUCAGGAUUCUAUAACUUGAAGGAAAGAAACCCCCAGGGCUGCUCUGAGUGCUUCUGCUUUGGUGUGUCUGAUGUCUGCGACAGUCUUUCUUGGCCCAUCAAUCAGGUCAAAGACAUGUCUGGGUGGCUGGUCACUGACUUGGUCAGUUCGUAUACAAUCCAGUCUCAGCAGGAUCCAUUUCGUGGACGUCAUCAAAUCAGCAUCAACAACUCUGCAGUCAUUCAAAGGCUUACCUCCCAGUACUAUUGGUCAGCUCCUAAGACAUACCUAGGGAAUAAGCUGACUGCAUUUGGUAGAUUCCUGAAAUACACAGUGUCUUAUGAUAUUCCAGUAGAGGCAAUGGACAGUGACCUAGUGUCUCACACCGAUGUUAUCAUUAAGGGAAAUGGACUCACUUUAAGCACACAGGCUGAGGGCUUAUCAUUGCAACCCUAUGAAGAGUACAUCAAUGUGGUGAGACUGGUGCCUGAGAACUUCCAAGACUUUAACAACAAAAGGGAGAUAGAUCGUGACCAGCUCAUGACUGUCCUUGCCAAUAUGACACAUCUCUUGAUCAGAGCCAGCUACAAUUCUGCUAAAAGAGCUCUCUACAGACUUGAUUCUGUCUCUCUGGAUACGGCAAACCCUAAUGUUAUCGACUUGGACCUGGCCACUGAGGUAGAGCACUGUGAAUGUCCCCCAGGCUAUUCGGGUAUCUCUUGUGAGUCUUGUCUCUCUGGCUAUUAUCGAGUGGACGGAAUACUCUUUGGAGGCAUUUGCCAGCCAUGUGAAUGCCAUGGCCACGCAACUGAAUGUGAUAUUCAUGGCACUUGCUUGGCUUGUAUGCAUAAUACCACCGGGGACCACUGUGAGCAAUGCCUUCCCGGCUUCUACGGGGUGCCAUCCCAAGGAACCCCUGGAGACUGCCAACCCUGUGCCUGCCCUCUCUCCACAGCCUCCAACAAUUUCAGUCCUACCUGCCACAUAGAUGAUGGGGAUGAAGUGCGCUGUGACCACUGUGCCCCAGGAUACACAGGAGCUUGGUGCGAGAGAUGCGCAGACGGUUACUAUGGAAAUCCAACAGUCCCUGGAGAAUCCUGCGUUCCAUGCAAUUGCAGCGGCAAUGUGGACCCCUUGGAGACUGGACACUGUGACUCAGUCACUGGGGAGUGCCUCAAGUGCAUUGGGAACACUGCAGGAGCCCACUGUGAACGCUGCGCUGAUGGGUUCUAUGGGGACGCUGUGACUGCCAAGAACUGCCGUGCUUGUGAAUGCCAUGAAACAGGUUCCCGCUCUCAUAACUGUCAUCAGGAGACUGGACUCUGUGAUUGCAAGGCACAUGUGACUGGGCAGCAAUGUGACCACUGCUUGAAUGGAUAUUAUGGGUGGAGCACAGGGCUUGGCUGCCUGCCCUGUAACUGCAGCACAUCGGGGUCCCUUUCGGAUGACUGCACAGAUGAAGGCCAAUGUCACUGUGUCCCUGGAGUUGCUGGGGAAAGGUGCGACAGGUGUGCACGUGGCUUUUACGCAUACCAGGAUGGUGGUUGCACACCCUGUGACUGUGCUCACACUCUGAAUAGUUGUGAUCCCGAAUCUGGAGAGUGUAUCUGCCCUCCUCACACUCAGGGCUUUAAAUGUGAAGAAUGUGAGGAUGGAUAUUGGGACCAUGACCUGGAACUCGGAUGCAAGGCCUGUAACUGCAGCAGUGUGGGGUCCACUCAUCACCAGUGUGAUGUGUUGACUGGCCACUGCCCAUGCAAGUCCACCUUCGGAGGUCCAAGCUGUGACCAGUGCUCUAUGGGACACAGAGACUUUCCAGCCUGUGUUUCCUGUGAGUGUGACCUGAGGGGAACAUUGGUGGAUGCUUGUGAUCAGGAACAGGGCCUUUGCGGCUGUGAAGAGGAAACCGGAACCUGCUCUUGCAAGGAAAAUGUUGUUGGCCUUCAGUGCAACACGUGUAAAAGUGGCACCUAUGCCCUUGAUGCUGGCAACCCUGCAGGAUGCAUCCCAUGUUUCUGUUUCGGGCUGUCACAGUUCUGCACAGAAUUAGCAGGCUAUGUGAGGAUUCCAGUAAUGCUGGCCUCAGACCAGCCUCUUCUGCGUGUGGUUUCUCAGAGUAACCUGGAGGGCACAACCAAAGGUGUGUAUUACCAGGCCCCCGACAUCUUACUGGAUGCCUUGACUGUCCGGCAGUAUGUGCAGUCAGAGCCCUUUUACUGGCGACUUCCAGAGCAGUUCCAGGGAGACCAGCUCAUGGCCUAUGGUGGAAAACUGAGGUAUAGUAUGGCCUUCUAUUCUUUGGAUGGCAUUGGCACCUCCAACUUUGAGCCUCAAGUUCUCAUCAAAGGAGGCCGGACCAGAAAGCAAGUCAUUUACAUGGACGCACCUGCACCUGAAAAUGGCGCAAGGCAAGAGCAAGAAGUGGGGAUGAAAGAGAGCUUUUGGAAAUAUUUUAACUCUGUUUCUGAAAUGUCUGUAACACGCUCAGAUUUUAUGUCUGUGCUUAGUAACAUUGAGUACAUCCUCAUCAAAGCCUCUUAUGGUCAAGGACUACAGCAGAGUAGAAUCUCAAACAUUUCAGUGGAGGUUAGCAGAAAGGAAGAGCUGCACCCAGGUAGAGAGAAGGCCUCCCUUGUAGAGAACUGUCUCUGCCCUCCAGGCACAGCUGGAUUCUCCUGUCAGGACUGUGCUCCCGGGUACCACAGAGGGAAUCUUCCUGAAGGGGGUGUCAGGAGAUCCCAUCUUCUGAUUGCUCCCUGUAUACCUUGUGAUUGCAACAACCACAGUGAAGCAUGUGAUCCUGAAACUGGAAAGUGUCUGAACUGCAGUGACAACACUGCUGGGGACCACUGUGACAGGUGUGCCCCUGGGUACUAUGGGAAGGUGACUGGCUCCGCCCAUGACUGCUCUCUGUGCGCCUGCCCUCACAACCACUCUGCCAGCUUUAGUCCCACCUGUAUCCUGGAAGGGGAUCAUGAUUUCCGUUGUGAUGCCUGUUUUCCAGGCUAUGAAGGACAAUAUUGUGAAAGAUGCUCCUUGGGUUACCAUGGAAACCCUCGUGCACCAGGGGGCAGCUGCCAGAAGUGUGAAUGCAGCCCACUUGGUUCGGAGCACAGUUCCUGUGAUGGCCUCUCGGGUCAGUGUGUCUGCAAGCCAGGAGCCACGGGGCUGCGAUGUGACCAGUGUGAACCCAGGCACAUUCUACUGGAAAGUGACUGCAUUUCUUGUGAUGAUGAAUGUAUAGGUGUGCUGUUGAACGACUUAGAUAGUAUUGGCGACACCAUUCUGUCUGUGAACCUCACUGGCAUAAUCCCUGUCCCCCAUGGAAUCUUGUCAAAUCUGGUAAAUACAACAAUGCAUCUUAGGGAAAAUUUAUUCAAAGAAAAUUCUCUGAAGGAACUGGCAAAAAUUCAACUGGAUGGUGUUGCAGAACAGAUCCAGAACUUGGAAAAAACGCUCACCAGACUGCAAACAAGUAGCCAAAGAGUGACCAAGGCCACUGAAGGAGUCCUCCACAAGGGAGAAGGCCUCAGGAUGUUUAUUGAGAAGCUGCAGAGAGACAUCACAGACAUUAUAGACAAAGCAACAGCUCUUAAUCAGACCUUGGAUGAAGAUUUCCAGCAACCUUUUUCUAUUCUUCAAAAUAUGCAAGAGAACAUUACAUCUUUGCUGGAAGCUAUGCAGAAAAAGCAUUUAAUGCAUUUAUACCAAAACACCACCAUUGAACUCAAAGCUGCUGAAGAUUUGCUGUCACAAAUCCAGAACAAUUACCAGAACCCACAGGAAGAGUUGAAGGCAUUAAAAGCAGCAGUCAACAGCCUCCUUUCAAAGCACAACAGUGAACUGCAGGCAGGCAAAGUCUUACUUCAUGAAGCCAAUUCAAAGACCCAGGAAAGCAGCCGUCUUCUGCUCAUUAUCAAUGCCACUAUGAAAGAAUUCAAGGAUAAAAAGCUGCAUGUUCAAGAAGAACAAAACUUGACUUCAAAGCUAAUUGCCAAAGGAAGAGGAUUGAUAGAUGUUACCACUGUACACGCAAACGCUGCCCAAAAUGCUCUAAAUCAGUUAGAGAAUCACCGGGAUGAGCUACUUCUGUGGAAUGCAAAGCUUAGGGGCCAUGUAGAUGACUUGGUCAUGCAGAUGUCCAGAAGAAAAGCACUUGACCUUGUCUACAGAGCUGAGGAUCAUGCUGCUGAGCUCAAAAGACUAUCAGGUGUUCUGGACAGCGGCCUGGAAAAUGUCAGACAUGUGUCCCUGAAUGUGACCAAUGCAGUCUAUGGCCAUUCCAACAUUCAAAGCCUGAUUGAAGAAUCAGAGAGACUGGCAAACCACGCUCUCAGGACUGGAGCUGAAGCAAGCCUGUUCUCAGACGUCCUUGUUUCUAAUGGAAGAGUGGCUCUCCAUCGCAGUUCCAAAUACCUGAGGGAAGGCAGUGGCCUGAAUAGGAGGCACCAAGGUAUUGCAUUGAAAUGGAGUGGAUUGAAAAGAGCAGUAAACAGAUUUCAAGAGAAUGCUGAUAAAAUUACCAGGCAGGUCAAUGACUCACUCUUGAUACUUAGAGCAAUCCCUGAAGGUGUCAGAAACCAAGAAACUAACACCAAAGAGCUGGCCGCAUCUGCAAACCAGAGCGCAGCAAACACGCUGAGGGACGUUGUGGCUUUGAGCCAAAAGCUCCUGAAUACAUCCACUGUCCUGUCCAGGGUGAACUCCACGUUACGAGAAACAAAUGGACUCAUGCGCGACUCCUCAGAGACCACUUUGUUAGUUGGAAGAAAAGUUAAAGAUGUGGAAACACAAGCCAACCUUUUGUUUGAUCGGUUGAAGCCUUUGAAGAUAUUAGAAGAGAACCUGAGCAGAAACCUAUCAGAAAUUAAACUGCUGAUCAGCCAGGCCCGGAAACAAGCUGCUUCUAUUAAAGUUGCUGUGUCUGCAGAUAGAGAUUGCAUUCGGGCCUACCAGCCUCAGAUUUCUUCUACUAACUACAACACCUUAACACUAAAUGUUAAGACGAGUGAGCCCGACAACCUUUUAUUCUACCUUGGGAGCAGCACCAGUGAGGAUUUCCUGGCUGUGGAGAUGAGACGAGGAAAGGUGGCCUUCCUCUGGGAUGUGGGCUCUGGGUCCACAAGAUUGGAAUUUUCAGACUUCCCGAUUGAUAACAACAAAUGGCACACUAUCUAUGUAACCAGAUUUGGAAACACUGGUUCAUUGAGUAUAAAGGAAAUCAGCUCAACUCAAAAGCCACCAACAAAAACAAGUAAAUCCCCUGGAACAGCUAAGGUUCUGGAUAUAAACAAUUCAACACUUAUGUUUGUUGGAGGACUUGGAGGACAAAUCAAGAAGUCUCCCACUGUGAAGGUUACUCACUUCAAAGGCUGCAUGGGAGAGGCCUUCCUGAAUGGAAAUUCUAUUGGCCUGUGGAACUACAUUGAACGGGAAGGCACAUGCAAUGGCUGCUUUGGAAGUCCCCAGAAUGAAGAUGCCUCAUUCCAUUUUGAUGGGAGUGGGUAUUCUGUCAUGGAGAAGACCCUCCGGACCACUGUGACACAGAUAAUCAUGCUCUUCAGCACCUUCUCACCUAACGGGCUACUUCUCUACCUUGCUUCCAAUGGCACUAAAGACUUUUUAUCUAUUGAGCUGGUCCAUGGCAGAGUUAAAGUCACAGUUGACCUGGGUUCAGGACCUCUUGCUCUUCUUACAGACAGACGUUAUAACAAUGGGACCUGGUACAAAAUCGCCUUCCAGCGAAACCGAAGACAGGGUCUCCUAGCUGUAACUGAUGUCUAUAAUACCAGUUAUAAAGAAACCAAGCAAGGCGAAGCUCCAGGAGCAUCUUCUGACCUCAAUCGCCUAGAUAAGGAUCCAAUUUAUGUUGGUGGAUUACCCAGAUCAAGAGUUAUAAGGAAAGGCCUCACCAGCAGAAACUACGUGGGCUGUAUCAAAAACCUUGAAAUAUCUAGAUCAACCUUUGAUUUACUCAGAAAUUCCUACGGAGUGAGAAAAGGCUGUAGACUGGAGCCUAUCCGAAGUGUUAGCUUCUUGAAAGGUGGGUACAUUGAAUUGCCGCCCAAGUCUUUGUCACCAGAAUCGGAAUUGUUGGCAACAUUUGCCACCACCAACAGCAGUGGUCUCAUUGUGACUGGCCUUGGUGAGGACAUGGAGAAGCAAAGCCGACGGCAGGUCCAUAUGCCCUUCUUUGCCAUCAUGCUGAUUGAAGGCCACAUCGAAGUACAUGUGAAUUCCGGGGAUGGAACAAGCCUGAGAAGAAUUCUCCUGCAUUCGCCCACGGGCACUUACAGUGAUGGACAAGAGCACUCCGUCUUCCUGCUUAGAAACAGGAGAAUGAUCACUGUCCAGUUGGAUGAGACCAGUCCUGUGGAAAUGAAAUUGGGCCCAUUAGCAGAAAGCAGAACAAUAAAUGUAUCUAACAUGUACAUCGGGGGGAUUCCAGAGAGUAAAAUGAUUUCUAUGCUCAAAAUGAGACAGUCCUUUCAUGGCUGCAUCAAAAACCUGAUCUUUAACAUGGAACUUCUAGACUUCACUAGUGCAGUUGGCUAUGAACAGGUAGACUUGGACACCUGCUUGCUUUCGGAAACAUCUACACUGGCUCUUCAAGGAGAAGACACCGAACUUCCACCAGAACCUCAACCUUUACCCAGUCCAGGACUGUGUGCAGUGGACAGAGCCCCAGACUUCGUUCCCAAUGCCCACCAAUUUGGCCUGGCACAGGACAGUCAUUUUGUGUUCCCUUUCGAUCAGUCUGCUGUUAGAAAGAGGUUUUCGGUUCAGCUUAGAAUACGAACAUAUGCCUCCAGCGGUCUGAUUUACUACAUGGCUCAUCAGAACCAAGUUGAUUAUGCUGUUCUCCAGCUCCAUGGGGGCCAUCUCCACUUCAUGUUUGACCUUGGCAAAGGCAGGACAAAGGUCUCCCACCCCACCCUGCUCAAUGAUGGCCAGUGGCACACGGUCAAAACGGAGUACGUUAAAAGAAAGGGCUUGAUGACUGUUGAUGACCUAGAAUCACCAAUGGUGUCCACAGUGGGAGAUGGCACUACGUUGGAUGUGGAAGGAAAGUUCUACUUAGGAGGCCUUCCUGCUGAGUACAGGGCCAGAAAUAUUGGCAAUAUUACCCACAGCAUCCCUGCCUGCAUUGGGGAGGUGACCAUUAACAGCAAACCCUUGGACAAGGACAGCCCAGUGUCUGCCUUUGCAGUAAACAAGUGCUACGCAGAAGCCCAGGAAGGAACUUUCUUUGAAGGAAGUGGGUAUGCCGCUCUUGUCAAAGAAGGCUACAAAGUCCGGUCAGAUGUAAACAUCAGCCUCGAGUUCCGGACCUCCUCAGUAAAUGGUGUCCUCCUGGGAAUCAGCAGUGCCAAGGUGGACGCCAUUGGAUUAGAGAUUGUCAAUGGCAGGCUUUUCUUUCAUGUUAACAAUGGUGCUGGUAGGAUAACAGCCACAUAUGAGCCCAAAGCUACCACUGCUCUCUGUGAUGGGAAAUGGCACACACUUCAAGCUAACAAAAACAAACAUCGAGUGGUUCUGAUUGUUGAUGGGAAUGCAGUUCAUGCUGAAAGUCCACACACCCAGUCCACCUCGGCAGACACCAACAAUCCUAUUUAUGUUGGUGGCUAUCCUGUUGAUGUAAAGCAGAACUGCCUCACCAGUCAAGCCUCAUUCCAGGGCUGUUUGAGAAAGCUCACUCUGACAAAGGGCCCACAAGUACACUCCUAUGACUUCAGCAAAGCUUUCCACCUACAAGGAGUUUUCCCUCAUUCCUGUCCUGGGGCUCAGCCCUGA